UCAAUUAGAGGCUAUACGGCAGUUCCUCGUGUUUUCCUAAUGGCGGCUUUGGUCUAGCUUCAAGAGAUCACAUUGAAUCGUUUCACAAGAAGGAAAGAUGGAGACAGCCUUUAGUGUAGCCACUAACAACAGGUUUGCCUUUUUCAUGGACGAUGAGGAUGACCCUGGGGAUGUAACCGGAGGCCAAUCCAGUCAAGAGAAGAAAGGGAAGGCUGAAGGGGGAAAGCAGCCACAGCAACCAACCGGAGGCUCUCCUAAGAACAAGGAGAACGGGCAGACUGGGGGCAGCAAAGAGGAGAAGGGGAAGAAGAAAGGAGAGAAGCCACUGGAAGGAAACCGUAAGACUGAGCAGCAGCAGCAAGGGAAGAAGAAGGAGACUGGAGAGAGAGGUCCAGCUAAUAAAGAUAAGGGACCAGCUGGAGGAGAGAGACAGAGGAACAACCCACCCUCAGGAGGAGGGGGAGGGCCUACCAGCGGGUUUAAGGAUAACAGAAGGACCAAUGAGGCCAGCGAUAGAGAGGGUAGACCACCCAGACAGCAGCAGCAGUAUCGGAAUAGGGGGAGACUGCCUUCAAAGGAAAACCAGGAAAGUGGUGGUGAUGAAGGAGGUGAUGAUUCAAGACAGACCAGACAGCGUUGGAACAACCGAGAGAGAGGAGACAGACAAGGAGAAAGAGGAGGAGAGAGAGGAGGGGACACUGGAGGGGAGAAGAGAUUCAAUCCUUUCAGAACCAACAGACCAGGAGGAGGAGGAGGUGGUGGUGGUGGUUUUAGAGGAGGAAAGAGAGAGUUUGAAAGAAGAAGUGGCAGUGAUAAAAGUUCUGUAAAGGCAUUUGAUAAGAGAGAAGGGGGCGGGGCCCACAACUGGGGAACUGUCAAAGACGACAUGAACACAAAUGAAUGGGCCACUGAUGAACAAGAAGCUGCUACUGAUAAUAAUGCAACUGAACUAAACGAGGAGAAUACCAAUGAUCAAUCUGAAGUGGUGGAAGGUGAAGGAGAAACAGAGUCCAAGGUAGCCCCUGGCUCUGAAGAGAAGGAGGGGGAGGAGGAGGAGGAGGAGAAAGAGACCCCACAGUUCACCCUGGAUGAAUACAAGGCCAUGCAAGAUAAGAAACGAACUGUCCCACUGCACAAAGAGAGACGCCCCGGAGAGAAUGAAGACCAAACGAGAUGGAAAAACACUUUUGUCUUAGAGAGAAAUGAAGCUGAAUUCUUCCCUGGAACAAGAGAGAUUGUUGAGAAGUACAAGACCUCAGGACGUGAGAAGACAGUCAUUGAAUCAAGUUUCUUCUUUCGUGACCCCCAGCGGUUCACUGGGGGGCGUGGCGGUGGUCGGGGAGGAGGGACAGGAGGACGUGGUGGGGGACGACGGCCCAGUGAUGAACGUAGGGGAAACUUCCGUCGUGGUGACAGGGAUGAUCGUCGUGAUGAUCGCCGUGGCGAUCGAGAUGAUCGUCGUGGCGACCGUGAUGAACGUCGUGGCGACCGUGAUGAUCGUCGUGGCGACCGCGAUGAUCGUCGUGGCGACCGCGAUGAUCGCCGUGGUGACCGGGAUGAUCGUCGUGGUGACCGUGAUGAUCGUCGUGGUGACCGUGAUGAUCGCAGAGGUGGAGAGCGUAGGCCUCCCAGAGCUCGUGAUCGUUCAAACUUCAAUGUUGAAGAUGAAAAGGACUUUCCUUCCCUCGGGACUGUCAGUGCCUGAAAUAAAGUGAACUGCUUCAGUAGUAGCGAUAAUAAUAAUUGUUAUUAUUGUUAUCACUACUUAUUAAUAAUUGGUUGAUGUACAAUGCACAAUAAUGUUUAUUUACAGUAUUGUUUGUUGUUAUUGUUGUUGUCUACUUUUAUUGUAAAGAUAAUUCCAGAUAGUGACAUUGUUCUGUGUACAGUUCA